AUGAGCCAGAACCUGUCGGAGGCCGACCAGAAGGAGUUGAGCACGUUUCUUGACUCGGAACAAUCUAAAGCACGCAUGCAGUCGACUGUGCAUGCCUUCACGGAGCGCUGCUGGGACCAAUGCAUCACUUCGUCCAUUGGCUCGCACUUUGGUCGUGGUGAGGAGGCUUGCCUGAGCAAUUGUGUGGAACGCUUCCUGGAUACUUCUUUGUUCAUCGUCAAGAAGCUCGAGAGCCAGCGCGACCUUGCUGCAUAA